GAGUGGGAAACAAACAGCACCAUAAAACCUCCAAAUCAAAAUGAAUACAGGAUUAGAUCUGCUUCAUCAUCCAACAGUGGAAACUAUCGCUGUAAGGGCAGAAUGAAAAGUUCACAGCAUAACACAACAGAGUGGAGUGAUUCAGUCACACUGACAGUUUCUGACAAUAAACCCCGUCCUGUCCUCACUGUGUCUCCAUCAUGGCUGAGUCCUGGAGCCUCAGUAACUCUGAACUGUGAGGUUGAACAUCCGUCUGCAGGAUGGAGCUUCUACUGGUAUAAAGCUGUUCCUGAUCUAUCAGAGAAAUCCUCCAGUUAUGAGCUGCUACCUGAUGGCAGUGGGACUGCACAGGACUCCUACAUCAUUCAUGGACAGACACACACAGCAGGAUAUGUGUGCAGAGCUGGAAGAGGAGACCCAGAGUAUCACACUGAUCACAGUCAACCAAAGUUUGUCUGGUCUGCAGGUCAGUUUGUUUCUCUCUGUCCUUUCAAUAAGCUCAUGUUAGGUCAUCAUUUUUAUUCACCAAGAUUUAGACCAUUAAAAUCUCAUCUCCAUGACAAUGCCAUUGAUGUCUCUUUGUCUCUUCACUGCAUGUUGUUUCCAGAUGUUCAUUCAGCAGCGUCUCUCACAGUGAGUCCUGACAGAGUGCAACACUUCACCUCUGACUCUGUCUCACUGACCUGUGAGGGAAACUUCACUGAGUGGAGAGUGAGGAAGUUCUCUGAGGACGGCCGACUCUCUGACUGUAGGAGAAUGACUGGAUCCACAUGUAACAUCAACACAUCAAAGUCAGAUACUGCAGUGUACUGGUGUGAGUCUGGAUCAGGAGAGUUCAGCAGUGCAGUCAACAUCACUGUACAGAGUAUGUUAUUAUACAUUUACUUCUUGGAUCUGAAUGAUUUAGACGGAGCUUCUGUUAGUCUGAGCUGCAGUUUGAAAACACAAAAAAUACUUUCCAAUGUGUUUUUCUAUCACAAUGACAAACUUAUUCAAAAUGAUACCCGAGGGGAGCUGAAGAUCUCUGCAGUGUCAAAGUCUGAUGAAGGUUUCUACAAGUGUCAGUACUCAGGAAGAGAGUCAGCACAGAGCUGGAUGUCAGUUAAAGUAACUGUGUCAGGAGCUGACAGCUCUUCAUCUCCUGUGUGGUUGAUGGUUGGACUGGUUUGUGGAGUCUCUCUCAUUAUUAUUCUCCUGCUCUUGUUGUAUCGCUGCAGACAGUCCAAGUAUUCAUGCUUCACCAGGUCGAUCCAGUCUGAGAGUCACAGUCCGGGCUCCUCCACAAAUCAUGGAGUCAACCAGAAUGAAACUCAUGUGUACGGCUCUCUUCAACAUGGAACAGAUGAACACCGAGAUGUCACCUACUCUGUUAUUGAGAUUAAAACCUUUGGAAAGAAGAGGGAGCAUCAUAAACCAGAUGAAACUGCUGUUUACUCUGAAGUGAAGAUAAGAGCUGCAGAGGACAGUCUGAUGUAUGCUGAGGUCAAACGCCCCCCAAAAGAAAAAGCCAAGAAAAAAGCAGGUCAGUGA